GCCGGGGAACUUCCUGGUUCCCGGGCUCAGCUUCGCCGGGAUCCUCUUGGAAGGGAAACAAUGGGGCGGAGGGCACUGCAGUAAUAAGCCGCCGCCGUCGCGCAGCGCAGCCGCGCCAGGUCUUGCUCUGCGGCCCGGGACUCCCCCUCUGCCCACUGCCCACAUCCUCUGCCGACGGGACAGUCCUGAGGACAUGAAUUCCUCUGAGAAACCUUGGACAGCAAAUUUUGGUUUAACACCUGAUUUGGAUAACAUACAGAGACAUAGCCAGUCAUGAAUUCAGACCAGGAUGUAGCACUCAAACUUGCCCAGGAGCGAGCUGAAAUUGUUGCUAAAUAUGACAGAGGUCGAGAAGGUGCAGAGAUUGAGCCGUGGGAAGAUGCUAAUUACCUUGUUUACAAAGUCACAGAUAGAUUUGGCUUUUUACAUGAGCAGGAGCUCCCAUACCAUAAUGCAGCUGUGGAACGGCAAAAACACCUGGAAAUUGAAAGAACUACUAAGUGGCUGAAAAUGCUGAAAGGAUGGGAAAAAUACAAGAACACUGAAAAGUUUCAUAGGAGAAUAUACAAAGGAAUUCCCCUCCAGCUCAGAGGUGAAGUCUGGGCCUUACUUCUUGAGAUCCCUAAAAUGAAAGAAGAAACAAGAGGCCUUUAUAGUAAAUUAAAACACAGAGCACGGGGUUGUUCACCUGAUAUCAGACAGAUUGACCUUGAUGUCAACCGCACGUUUAGGGAUCAUAUUAUGUUUAGAGACAGAUAUGGUGUUAAGCAACAGUCCUUAUUCCACGUUCUUGCUGCUUAUUCUAUAUAUAAUACGGAAGUUGGAUACUGUCAGGGAAUGAGCCAGAUCACAGCUUUACUCCUCAUGUAUAUGAAUGAAGAAGAUGCCUUCUGGGCCCUGGUCAAACUAUUCUCAGGUCCCAAGCAUGCUAUGCAUGGCUUUUUUGUCCAAGGUUUUCCUAAACUCUUGAGGUUCCAAGAACACCAUGAAAAAAUACUGAAUAAAUUUCUGUCCAAGCUUAAGCAACACUUGGAUUCUCAAGAAAUCUACACAAGCUUUUAUACAAUGAAAUGGUUUUUUCAGUGCUUUCUUGAUCGAACUCCAUUUACACUCAACCUAAGAAUAUGGGAUAUCUACAUAUUUGAAGGAGAACGAAUUCUUACUGCUAUGUCUUAUACAAUCUUAAAAUUACACAAAAAACAUCUAAUGAGAUUGUCUAUGGAAGAACUUGUAGAAUUUCUUCAGGAAACCCUGGCAAAGGAUUUUUUCUUUGAAGAUGAUUUUGUAAUAGAACAACUUCAAAUUUCUAUGGUAGAACUAAAACGAGCGAAAUUAGAUCUUCCAGAACCUGGUAAAGAGGAUGAAUAUCCCAAAAAACCUUUGGGACAGCUUCCACCUGAAUCUCAGUCAGCUGGUAUUUAUCAUAUAAGCAAUGGACAGAGAAGUAUUGGCAAGUCAAGUCCUUACACAGGCGACAAGAGAGAGAGUGGCGCAUCUCCCCACAAGAAGCAUGAGUGCAGCUUGGAAAAGACUCCUGCAAUGGCUUAUGUAGGAGUAGCAAGACUGGACGUGCGUGUGAAAAUAAGGGACUUUGCUGACAUAGAUCAGCAAAGAGACACAGUUGGUCCUGCUUAG